AUGUUGGGGUAUUACAGGAUUUCCAUUCCCCGAUUCGCGCAGCUGGCAAAGCCGCUACACGAUCUCACCAAGAUCGGCGCGCCGUGGGAAUGGGGGCCACAUCAAAUGGAGAGCUUCCGCUUGCUCAAGCAGGCUUUAAACGACGCGCAGGCACUCACCCGCCCCGACUUUGCGAAGCCGUUCAUUCUCGAUACCGACUACAGCAAACUCGGAAUUGGCGCGACCCUCAGCCAACUUGACACAGAAGACUCACAGAUGGACGCGGAGGGCGGAGCUACGGGCUCCCCGGUCAAGAUGACGUGGGAAGACAGCGGAAGUGAUCAGGACUUGCGCUCGGUGGAAAGCAGCGCGGACGAGUUGGAGCGACUUUCUCUACUCCCACGCAAGCUGUUCUCGGAAGAAAGCGAGACUCUGGGAAUGGAGGAAGAGCUCACCUUUAGGGAUUGGGCGGCGGAGGACAACCCAAUGGUUCUUACCAUCCUCGCAGGAGAAGUGAUCGGGGAACCUACAGCGCAGACGCAGGCACCAAUCACGCCGCCCGCUGAGACCCUGAUUGAGGAAGAGUCUACGCGACGUCCCUCCGGAGAAGAAGACGAAAUGGUGGAGCAACUUACUCGCGACUUGGACAGACAUCUGGGAUGGGAUGCACAACAAAUCUUGGAAGCAGCCACGAGGGAAGGGGCUGCGGAGCUGGAAGAACCGGAAGGGUUCGACGCUGACGUAUUGCAGGUCUUGAAAAGGCGCAGGAACUUCGAGCGCAAUGGGGGCCUCAACACGCCUUUGGCGGAGAGCACUCUGGUCGAGAGGGUGGCAAUUACCAUCCUCACCAGCUGUCCUACGGCGGACCCGGAAGAAGUGCUAAAGGAAGCAAAGAAAGCUAUCCUUAACAUGCGGCAGGAUUGCAGGGAGAACGUGAUCGCAGCCGUGCGGGAGAAUCUUCGAGCACGCUGCGAGAGCGAAUCUAGCGAGGGGAUUGCGGCAGACACUGACGCAAUCAGUGCGGCACAGCUGGAAGCUUUCUCUCUGGAGGACCUUUCGCUGAAGCGG